CCACGUGGCCUGGGCCCUUGUCCUACUAGGAGCAGUGACAGGGUCACCUAUCUGGCCCUAUACCUUCAGGGGAACUCUCAGAGCAUGGAUCCCUCCUGAUUCCUCUCUGGCCCCAAUGUUCCUUACGGUCAAGCUGCUCUUGGGCCGAAGAUGCAGCCUGAAGGUAUCUGGAAAAGAAAGUGUGGCCACGCUGAAGAAGCUGGUUUCUCAGCACCUGCAGGUGCCAGAGGAGCAGCAGCACCUGCUGUUCCGAGGCCAGCUCCUGGCUGAUGACAAAUACCUCUCGGAUUACAGCAUCGGGCCCAAUGCCUCCAUCAACGUCAUCAUGCGGCCGCAGGAGGAUGUAGCACUGGACAAGACCCAUCAAACCCAGCCCCUGUGGCUCCAGCUGGGCCAGGUCCUAGACAAGCAUUUUGGGCCAAAGGAUGCAAAGACUGUGCUGGGAUUUUUGAGGCAAGAGCACGAGGAGCGUCUGCAGAGGUUGAGCCUGGAGGGUCUGGAGCAGUUGGUGGGCCAACUCCUAGCACAACAGCAGCUUGAUGAGCUGGUAGAGGAAAAGGAAGCCCCUGCUGUUGCAUCAGAACUCCAGCAAAAUGAUGAAGGAGAAGGAGGAGGGACAGGAGGAGGAGGAAAGGAGGAAGAGGAGAAGGAGGAAGCUGAGAAGGGAGCUGAUCAGUAA